UGCUAAACUUCAUUCACAAACAAUAUAUCUGUUUUGGCAAGGGCAACAAGAUUAAGGCGCCAAAGCGAUGGCAAUCUGCCCUCCAUCCAUUUAUGCCAACACUCCUAACACACACAUAGUGGAAGAAGGAUGAUUAGGGUUCAUCACCAAACUACCAACCUCUGCCAUUCCUCCUCUGUUCUGACUAUACCAUGUAAUUUUCUUGGUAAAAUCUCUCCUCAAUAUUACAGUCUCGUAAAGAAGCAUUGGGGUAAAGUGAGAAAAAGUAGAGCUGUAUGUUUGGCUUCUUCAUCGCAGAAUUCAAGUUACAAUGUCGAAAGAAAAAGGAAAGUUGUGGAACAUUUAUGCUUACUAAAAGCUAAAGAAGAUUUGUCGGAUGAGCAAGAGAAGGACAUGUUGGAUUACCUUUAUACAACCCAGUAUCACAUGGCUGGCAUAGUUGCAAUAUCUUUAGGACGGACCUCAGAUCAAAAUCCUCAAAAUUACAGCCACGGUGUAUUCAUGCGUUUCCAAAGAAAGGAAGACCUUGCAAAAUUUUAUGACAAUCAUAUGUAUUUGCGUGUCCUUAAGGAGCAUGUUACACCUUACUGUAAAGAAAUGCUGUGUGUGGAUUUUGAAUCUGAUGUAGAAGACGAUAUUCUUGCCAUAUUUCGGAAAGGAGAGGAGUUUCACUACGGAGUGGAGCUCAUGCUUCUGAUUAAGUUGCAUGAGAACGCCUUAAAUGGACCAGCAGAAGAUGCAUUAGCUUCUCUUGCAAACUUGGCCUCUGAAUUUCCAUCCUUGAUUGUUCAGUCCACUCAAGGUAGCAAUUUUAACUCUGAGAGCAAGGAGUACACUCACGCUAUAGUGAUUAGAUUCCGCUCAGUUGAAGCUCAAAAGAUCUUCUUGGAAAGUUCAGAGUACAAACAUAUAUGGGAAACGACAUUGUUGCCAAUGAGCCAGAAAACGCUUUCAUUCCAUUUUCUCGUCGACCCAGUUGGCACUGAUCUCAUGUAGAGUUGUUACAUCUACAAUAGUUCCCGAUCAAAGCUGAGCCAUACUGAUUCUGUAUGAUUACUUGACAUGGCAGGGAUGGUGAAACAACAUUUUCUUCUUCCUUCCAAAUUCCGACACCUCUCUUGGGUUUACAUUCAAAACUCCAUAUCUAUCUUAGUUGGCUCUGAAACACACGCUGGAUGCUUGCAGAAAGUUAUUUCAUUCAUUGAAGUAACCGAUGUUAACCUACUUCCUUGCCCAAUUGAGAAGGGUAUCCUGUGAACAAUAGUUUCUACAUCCAAACUUCUAAUCAUUCACAUCUUGUAAAAUUAGUUAAGGAGAUAGAGGAGUAUAUAUAUUUAAUAGGAGUACAUAAGUUGGUGUUUUUUGUGGGUUUGUUCCACAGGAAGCAGGUUCUUGAAGUGGGGGUCCCUUGAUACUAUUCAUUUAAGUCUCUUAAUAUGGCAUUCUUGUGAGUCAGUCUAUUUGUUGUAUUGUUUGAAACUAAAUUGGGAAAGUAAAUGCUACUUCUAUUAUGAUGGA